AUGACCGAUGACUUCAGAACGUACCUGGCGACAGAAAUCCUCUCUGAACAACGCACAUUAUCAUAUCGCAAUGUCUCGCGCGCUUUACGAGUCCACGUCAACGCCGCCAAAUGCAUGCUGUACGACUUCUACCAAUUCCAGAACGAAAAGAAGCCCUGCUCCGUAUAUGCUACGUACUUGUUAUCUGGGCUGAAGAAGCAGCAAAGAACGAUCGAGAAUGACACCAAUGGCGCGACAGACAAACAUCAAUACAAUGAGGACGAACCUAUACCGUCAAGUCCGCCUCCAUUCACCAGCUCCAUGCUGGAACCUAGUCAACAGAGCAACGCCGAGCAGGACGAGCACGAACAACAGGUGUCGGUGGGCACAAUUACGCUUAUAAGGGAGGAGGAUCUUGAAGCAAUGAAAGAGCAGUACGAGACGAUCACCUCAAUACACAUCUACAGUCUAUCCCCGGCUCGAAUUCAAGACCUAGUAACCUUAACGGAUAUCAACCGAGGACUAUUCCAAGAGACAUUUACAAAGGAGGAUCCGCUAUUAAACAACAAAACAUACGGCAUCAUCCAGAAUCAAUAUGUCCGCAGACGGAAAGGCAAGAAACCUGUGGUGCCCAAGGGUCCGCCGCCGAAGUUGCAGGCCGUCAAGGAAGACCCGAAGCCAUCAUCCAACAAGCCUGAUCCCAAACCCGCAGUUGCUGCUGCUACUGCUGCUAAAAAGGACGAUCAUCAAUCACGGCCCAGUUCUCGCGAUAGCACAUCUACAGCCGCUUCAGGCCAAAAGCCCGCUCCUCUCAAACGCGAUGCCUCGGAUCUAUUCAAAGCAUUCGCAAAGCAGAGCCAGCAAAAGCCCAAAGCUAAAGCCAAACCGACACCUACAGCCACAGCCACACCUCCGCAAACAAAAGAUCCAGAUACACCCAUGUUCGACGAUGACGAAGAGGGCGAAUCUGACGACGAAGCAUUGUUCCUACAUACCGGGACGCGCAAGCCGGCCACGACCAAGAAACGACCAAGCGACGUGAAGCAAGAGCGAGAAGAUAAAGCGGCCAAAGUGCGCAAGUUGUUCGGUUCAGACGACGAAGAGGAAGAGGCGGAGCCGGCUGCAGUCCCGAAAGUCGAGAAAGCGGCGGGCCUCGAAGCAGAGCCUGUGAUCGCCCAGAAAGGGACCGAUGUUAACGAUGAUGAUGAUGAAGUUGCAUGGUCCGAUUCAGACACCGAACGGAAGAAGAAGAACGACUCAGGCGCCAAUGAUUUUGAUCGAACUGGAGCUGGAGCUGGAGCUGAAGCUGGGCAUAAUGUUACCUCCGGACCCCGCCGACGCCGCGGGAAGCGAAAGGUCAUGAAGAAACGCACCACCAAGGACGAGGAUGGAUAUCUUGUCACUAAGGAAGAGGCUGUCUGGGAAAGUUUCAGCGAGGAAGAAGAGCCCGAAUCUGUACCGGCAGCCAAAAAGCCGACGCUGACGCCGACGCCGCGGAGCAGCUUGCCUACUGGCAGCGGCAAGAGUCAGAGCCAGAAGGGAGCUGGAGCUGGCGCUGGCGGCAAACCGGGCCCAAAGAAGGGAGGGACUAUUAUGAGUUUCUUUGGGAAGAAGACAUGA